GUAGCAAAUUGAACCAAACCUCAAAUUCUUUACUCACUUCAAGAAUCAUCGAAGACUCGAUCUUUUCUUCUCCCAUGGCUCCCAAGCGCCUCCUCCAAGACCCUCCCGCUGCUUCAUCAAUGGAGGAAGACUCCGACGCAGAGACCCUGGAUGAAGAAGAACAAGAAGAAGAAGAAGAAGAGGAACAAAACGACGCCGUUCAAGAAAAAUCUGAUGAGGAAGAGGAAGAGGAAGAAGAAGAAGAAGAGGAGGAGGAGGAGGAAGAGGAGAAUGUGAAUGCUAAGAAGCCCGUUGUGAUUCCCUCAUCAUCAGCUGUUCCAAACCCUCAAUCGGAAUCGGCCUCCUCCUCCGACGACGACGCCGCCGGGUCGGAGACCGAGUCCGACGACAUCAACCACUCUCCAUCCGCUUCCGAUUUCACCGUCAAGCCCAUUGUCUCCAAGCCCGUGAAUGACUCCUCCUCCGCCAAGCCCACCAAGAAGUCCGCUCCGGCUCCGGCGAAGCCCGCUCCCGGGUCGAAGCGCCCGGCCGAGAGCGAUCCGACUCCGAAUGACUCGAAGAAGAAGAAGGGCGGCGCCAACGGCGGAGACGAUGAGGACACCAAAAAGGGUCGGCUUUGGGGCGAGGACGAUGAGAUUGCGAUCCUGAAGGGGAUGAUAGACUUCAAGGCCAAGAAGGGGAUCGACCCGUCUAGUAAUAUGGGCGCGUUCCAUGAGUUCUUGAAGAGAAGCUUGAAGGCUGACGUCAGCAAGAACCAGUUGAUGGAUAAGACCAGGAGGUUGAAGAAGAAGUACCAUACCAAUGCUGAGAAGGGCGAGAAUGGGGAGGGCCCGGUGUUUUCGAAAGCGCACGAGUCGAAGUCGUUUGAUUUGUCGAAGAAGAUUUGGGGUGCUGAGGCUAAUGGGGGAGAUGAUAGUGCAAAGAACAGUAGGAAGAAGCCGAGGAAGAGUGCCAAGGCUAACAACAACAACAACUCUUCUACAGUCUUGGCAUUGCCUGUUUCGGAUGCUGGGGCUGAGAGGAGUGUGGAGAAGAAAGUAAAAGCGGAGGAGAUGAAUGUUGCUAAUGGCGGAGUUAAGGCUGAGCCGGAUGACUUUUGGUCCAAGUACCCAUCGCUGAGUGAUUCUUUGGAGCUUGGAAAUUGCUCAUCGAGGUGGGAGGGUUUGGAGAGAGUUAUGAGUCAGAAAAUGCCUUCAAUUGGGAGCUCAAAGGCUAAAGAGUUGGAUGAUAGGUGGAGGAAGUUGCAGGUCUUAGAGAUGGAGUUAUCUGUCAAGAAGCUUGAUUUGAUGCAUGAACAGGCCAAGCUUUUAUUGGAUGGGAUAAAGUCGCGGAAGGAUUAGAUGUUUGCUUGGAGGUAUAACUUAUGGUUUUGUUGGAGUUUAUGAUAAUAUUUUGAGUUGAAAACUUAGUACAGGUUUCUGAUGGUGGGACUGUUUUGUUUCAUCCAUGGAGGUUCUCAAGUUUUGUUUUGCUAUUAGCCUUGGUAUACAUCUGUUACAUGAAGAAUUGGAGACUUAUUUGCCUAUAAUUAUAAUUCUAAGUAGUUUUCCCUGA